AUGCCCGACCUUCCCAAAUACGACGGGACUAAGGAUCCGCAAGAACAUGUGGCGGCGUUUGAUCUAGUAAUGAAUUUAUACGGACAAUCUGGGCCCAUUAACGCUAAACUUUUUGUUACUACUCUUACAGAAAAAGCCCAAGAGUGGUUUACUAGUCUACCGCCCGACAGUAUAGAGUCACACGAGCAGCUCAUGCAAAAUUUCACUUUCCAUUUCGCGAGCAAGAGGAAGCAGAAACGAUCUGCCACUCACCUCUUCACAAUAAGGCAGAGAAAGAACAAGACUUUAAAAAGCUUCAUGUGGCGAUUCAACAACGAAACACUGGAGGUACAAGACCUGCGAAUCGAUAUGAUGAUUAGCAUCCUAAUCCAUGGGCUGAAAAAAGAGGCAUUCGCAUCAGCACUAGCAAGGGACCCUCCAGCAGAUGUAGACCAGCUAAUGGCAUUAGCACAAAAAUAUAUCGAUGAAGAAGAGAUGAACGCGAUGAAAGACGAAGAAUGGAGUGUCGCAGCGGAUCGUAGGGGAGACAGAGAUCGUGUUGAUAAGGAAGGUGAUCGCAGGACAAAGCCCGAGAAAAUAAGAGAACCAGCUUACCAACCCAAGUACCAAAGGUUACUCGAAACAUGGAGAGGAAAGAAAUACGACGAAGCAGAUCGAGAAGUAGGGACAGUAGGCGAGAUUGGCAAGGAGAAAGGAGGGAACAAGGAACGAGAGAAUGCGCCUGUGAAAGGCAUCAUACAUACAAUAGCAGGAGGAUCGGCUGAGCAUUCGAAGAGAUCGACGAAAAGAUGGGAAAGAGAGAGCAGAUCGAAUAAAAGAAAACAAAUAAUGAAUGUUGCUGCAGAGCAGGAGAUCGUGUUGGGAGAUCGAGAUGCUGAGGAGAGAGUCAGAGUAGAUAACGACCCCAUGGUGAUAAGAAUGGACAUUGCCAACUACACUAUUCACAAAGUACUAGUUGACAAUGAGAGCUCUGCCAAUAUCAUCCUUAAAGAGGUGUUGAGGAAGAUGGGAUUAGAGAACGCUAUAUUACAACUAGUGAGGACCCCGUUAGUUGGCUUCGGAGGAAGUGAGGUCGAAUCCCUCGGCACGAUCGACCUACCCAUUUCUAUUGGGGAGACCCGGACUUAA